ACAAUCUUUUCCGUAUACAAUCACUGCAGCUCACUCUCUCUCUCUCUCUCUCUCUCUCUCUCUCUCCAUAUUCAUCUAUUCGCACAGAAGAAAGAUCUUAUCAAGAUGUUUGAGCUAAGGUUGGUGCAGGGGAGUCUCCUCAAGAAGGUUCUAGAAUCGAUCAAGGACUUGGUGAACGAUGCCAACUUCGACUGCUCAGCCACGGGGUUCUCUCUCCAGGCCAUGGACUCGAGCCACGUGGCGCUGGUGGCCCUCCUCCUCCGAUCGGAGGGAUUCGAGCACUACCGCUGCGACCGCAACAUCUCCAUGGGGAUGAAUCUCGGUAACAUGGCCAAGAUGCUAAAGUGCGCCGGAAACGACGACAUCGUCACCAUCAAGGCCGACGACGGAAGCGACACCGUCACUUUCAUGUUCGAAAGCCCUACUCAAGAUAAGAUUUCGGAUUUUGAGAUGAAGCUCAUGGACAUUGAUAGUGAGCAUCUGGGGAUUCCAGAAUCAGAGUAUGAUGCCAUUGUUAGGAUGCCAUCAUUUGAGUUCGCAAGGAUUUGCAAAGACCUUGGUACCAUUGGAGAUACGGUUGUGAUAUCAGUGACAAAGGAAGGCGUGAAGUUCUCCACUAGAGGUGAUAUUGGCACUGCAAACAUUGUCUGUAGGCAGAAUACUUCAGUAGACAAGCCCGAAGACGCUACCAUCAUAGAAAUGAAAGAGAUGGUUUCUUUGACCUUUGCACUAAGGUACAUGAAUUCAUUUGCAAAGGCCACCCCAUUGGCAAGCCAAGUGACUAUCAGCCUGUCUUCAGAACUACCUGUUGUGGUGGAGUACAAAAUUGCCGAGAUGGGUUAUGUCAGGUUCUAUUUGGCUCCCAAAAUAGAAGAGGACGAAGCUGAUCCUUACGUAGAGACCACAUCUAAAGCAAAGGCUAAGCCUAAAGCGGAGACUAAGCCGAAACUGGAAAUCAAUCCUGAUGAGGAGAUGAAGCCCGAGGUGGAUUCUAACAUGGAGAACGAAGUGGUGGAGAUCAAGCCUGAAUUGGAGUCCAACAUGGAGCCUGAAGUGGAUUCUAACAUGGAGAAUGAAGGGCUGGAAAUCAAGCCUGAAUUGAACUCCAAAAUGGAGCCAGAAAGGGAAAGCAAUCCUCAAUUGGAUAUCAAGCCUAAGAAGGAAGCUAAUGUUGAAGUUCAAGUAAUGGACAUUGAGUAGUUUUAUCUUACAAGAUUAUCACUUCAGUGAAUAUGCCAUUUAAGUAGUUGGGUAACUUGAGGGCCUUCAGAUUUUGGGUUUUAACCAUUGUCUGCUAGGUGGAGUCCUGAGGGGAGAUUUCAGUUUUGUUCUGUGAGGAACAAUAUGAAAUGGCUUGGCCAAGCACGAGGUUUCUCUUUUUAUUUGGGUUAUGUUUUUGUUUUCUGAACUGUUUUUGUAUUAGGUUUUUAGUCCUCGUAAAAUCUAUUUAAUUUGUCCUCCGUUUAAUGUAAUCAACCCGUUUGUCUA